AUGAUUUACAGUCAAGAUUAUGCUCGAUCGAUCGAGGACGUGCGCGUUAUCGUGAAACAUGCGAAGCUGGACCACAAAAACCUGACCAACACCGUCCAAGCGAUUUAUUAUCCGCAGGAAGCGGAAGGCCACGACCUGGGCGGCAUAAAGCUGCUGGAAGUGGACGAUCAUAUUCUGCAGGCGGUGGAAAAUGGAGCAGAGGUCUGUUUCAAAGGAGCGCUCAACGAAAAGGUGGUCUUCUGUACCGAAUCCCGCACUUACGAAGUGAAGGAGGCAGAAAUAUCCAACAGUUUGCUGUUGGUGCAGAACCUCAAACUGGCCCAAGCUACAAGCCGAUCGCCCAUCAAGAGCCCCAAAAGUGGUGUGAACACGUCGAUGGACAGUAGCAUGGAAGAGGAAGGUUUUGAAGCGGUGGUCGACACGAUCGACGAGGUAGAGCGGAAGGAUGUGGUUAAAAUAUUCCACGAUUACUUCGAGCUGCGACAAGUGCGACCAAAGUAUCGGAAGAUCAUCGAUCUGCUACGGCUGACGCGGUACGCCGGGCCCGAGAACGAACAUCUGAUCGAUCGCUCGCUGUUGUUCCGGUUUAACCAGCUGCUCGAUACCGUCCAGUGCAGUAAGGAGGAGUUUCACGAGGGUUUAAAAAAAUAUCGCGCCAUCGAAGUCGAGGAUCGGAUUCGAAUGCUUGAUAUAGAAUACGAAUAUCGUGUGAUGACGCUGUUGCUGGCUCUGAUAUCUGAAAACUCUUGGGAUCGUGAUGAAAUUGACAAGGAAAUCUCUCUUGAAUCGAUGCAGGGCAUCGUUCCGUACGAGGUAAUCGAUGGCAUCUUCGACGUGUAUACGACCCCUAGCGAACGAGUUCCGGAACGGUACUGCUAUCGCGAGGAUCUCGUCGGUGCCUUGUUUGCCGAGAAACUGCUCCAGCAUGGGCUCAAGUUUCAUAUCGAUGAGUUUUUGGUCACUUGGCAAGAAUCGCUUCCCGAGGGUUUCGAGGUGAAUGAACAGUAUCUCCGCGGUAUCGGUAUUAUCGAUCGCGAGGGAACCGUACCGUGUGUCCGAGGUCUGAACGAAGCUGAUCUGCCUAUGAAUCUGCUCGUGCGACUGAAUACACUGUUCCGGACGAAAGAACGAUGGAAUUUGGAGCAGAUCGAACCGUACAUCGAGUGUUUUGCUACACCGACGGUUGGUGUUACCUCGAUUCUCGCCAAAUACACCCGAUCGCUGGUCGUGAAAGGUGUUCGGAUGUACGUUUCAAAGCAUUAGAACAAUAUGAACGCGCGAGUUGAUCGUUGGGGUCCAUUUAAUGAUUAAAUUAUUCCCGA